AUUUAUUUGUACAAAAAUCCUACACACACUAGCAAGUUAUAUUUCUAGCUAGGUUAUAUUACCCUCUUGCAAUGGGAUUCCGUCCAAGGAUGUCGAUGCUCGUUCUCACUUUGUUCGAAAUGUUUUUCUCGCUUGGUGCCACAACAAAAAACGCAACUUUUGAUCAAAAUUAUUAUGUAACUUGGGGACAAAAUCGUAUUUUGUUUUUUAAACAUGGACAAGAAGUUCAGUUGUCGCUGGACCAAUCUUCAGGUGCUGGAUUCGGAUCUAGAUCAUAUUAUGAAUCUGGAUUCUUUCAAAUGAGGAUUAAACUACCAGAUAAGGAUUCGGGUGGCGUUGUUACUGCUUUUUAUUUACAUUCAAACGUGGGCAUACACGAUGAGUUGGACUUCGAGUUCUUGGGAAACAGGCCGGGCAAACCCAUCGUUUUACAAACAAAUGUAUUCGCACACGGGCUUGGCGGUAGAGAGCAAAGAAUCCGUCUCUGGUUUGAUCCCUCGGAAGAUUUUCAUUACUACAAACUCCUUUGGAACCAACAUCAAAUUGUGUUUUUCGUGGAUAACAUGCCGAUUAGGGUAUACAAGAACCGCGUAGUACAUGGUGUAGCCGGGUACCCCCAUAGACCGAUGCAAGUGCUUGUAAGCUUGUGGGAUGGAUCUAAUUGGGCCACUGAUGGAGGCAAAACCAAAGCUAAUUGGACCCAAGCACCAUUUCAGGCCCACUUUCAAGAUUUUAACAUUAAUGGUUGCCGUUCAAACCCACAUAGCCCAAAUAAGGAUUGUUAUUCCACAAAGUAUUGGUGGAAUAAUAGAAAUUAUUUGCAGUUAAACAGUCACCAAAUGAGAGAAUUAGCGGCUGUGAGAAGAAAGUAUAUGACUUAUGACUAUUGUACUGAUAAAAAUAGGUACCCUAUUGCUCCUGUAGAGUGCCAUGACCAUGAGCCUUGAGUAAAUUAGUAACUUUAGUAUUAAUUUGUAUUGGGCUGGGCUAGGCUAGGCUCAUGCUAUUAUACACUUAACAGCCCAUAUUUUACUAGCAAUAAAAUUGAAACCAUAUAUAUGUACUUGAUUUCCCAAAACUUAGUAUUAAAAAAGGAGUAAAUUUCAAAGUUCAUCCUUUAUCUAUGUCUAAUAUAUCAAAGUAUGUCCUUUAUCUUUAAUAACCUCAGAAAACAUCCUUAAUGUUUGAAAAACCAAUCAGGUUAUGUCCUUUACCCUAAACCUUGUUUGUUUUCCCAGUUAAGUUAGGUCACGUGAGAAGCACAUGAGGACAUUAAUGUCAUUCUACCUAACAAUUAAUGUGCCCUGUUAUAAAAACCCUAACCCCCACAUCUUCUUCUCCAUCUUUCAAUCCUGCGUAAAAUCAUUAAAUUCAAUAAUGCAAAAGAUCCACACACGCAUACGAUACAAAAUCAUUAAAUUCAAGACCCACCUCCAUCUCCCCCAUUUCUGUAAAUACAAAACAACUUUACUCUAACCCACACCCAUCAUCAUCAUCUCCAGUUUCAAAUCUCAAAAAUGCCUAUAUUGCCCUUCAAGCUUGGAAAUCAGCUAUUAAAAGUGAUCCAAAUGGGUUACUAAACUCAUGGGUCGGGUUAAAUGUGUGUGGUUACAAAGGUGUGUUUUGUGCAGAUCCGAGUGAUGAAAUGGGUGAUCCAUCUGAACCGGUAGUUGCAGGUAUAGAUCUCAACCAUGGUGAGAGGCGGUGGCGGAGGUGUUUAAAGGAAGGCAGUGGCAGAGGUGUUAAAGGGAGGCGGUGGCGUCGGUGCUUAAAGGGAGGCGGUGGCGUUGGUGCUUAAAGGGAGGCGGUGGCCGGGUGGUGGUGAUGGUCCGAUGGUGUCACAGAACUGAGAUUUGAGAAGAUUGGUGGUGGUGGCCGGGUGGUUGUGAUGGUCGGGAGGCGACGACCGGGUUGUGAUUGUGGAGAACAAAGAUUGUUGUUUAUGGUGAUGGUGGUGGUAGAAUGGUUGUAGCAGCAGGAAGUUUUUAGAGAGAGAACUUAGAGAGAGAAAGAUAGUAAGAUUUAUGAGAGAGACAUGUGUUUUGAAGAUCUGGGUUUUGUUUGAAGUUUUGAAGAUA